AUGGUCCAGUACGACCCGUUCGCGCCGCUGCUAGUUGACACCGAUCUCCCAAUGCGGGAGAGAACUAUGAGAAACACAAGUGGAAAUACCACACCAAGUCUUGUCGACAGUCCUAGCAGUCUGAGCAGUCCCCUGGAGAAUUUCAAACGAAGAGCUUCGCGUCCUGAAGUCGAAAAAGAUGAAAUUCAUCCUGCAAUACACCCUCAAUUGAGAAGACUCUCAUCGAGUCAUGCAUCUUCUCAUCACUAUUGCUCCAAAUGCCAUAUGCGUCGUUCAUCUCAAGAUCUCUUGAAACAGAAGCACAAUCACAGCCCCGAACCAGAAUCAUGGGACGGCUUUUGUCCUGAUAUUGUCAUGCCAACUCAAGACGCACCACGGCCAUCGGCACACCAUACACGCAGGCACUCCGGGUUGUGCCCUGAAAACUUGAUCAAUAUUGAUCACCAACACGAUGGGAAAUCCUCACCGCCGCAGAUCUUGGUCAAACAUCGACCAUGCCGACAACAUAGCACCAGCUACCACCAUGACUGCCACUGUGAGAGUGUAACACCCAUUGAAAAUCUGUCUGAGAGAUAUGGCAUCGUUGACGAACCAACAGAGAUGGAAAUCGAUUGGAGGAGAAGCAUGGAGAAAGAUGCAAUGGAUCGGGUAACCGAGAUAAUGCAUGAGGAACUCAUUGCUGACAUGGAAGCUCGGCAGGCUAGAUUAUGA